CCUGCACCCCUUCCUGUAAGUCUGCCGCCCCCGUCGGCCCUCAAUCCAGCGGGCAGCCCCCUCCCCUCGAACUCCCCAUCAUCCCGCAGCCCGGGUGAUCGUCCUCACUUGCAGUCCUGAAUUCUCCAAGUCCACCAGCCCUGUUUACACCCCGCCUCCAAUCCAGAAGUUCUUGAUCCCGGGUCGCACUGGUUUGGGUUCCCCCAAGUUCCACGGUCUCUGGUAACCCCCACCCCAGUCCACAGCCUGGGCCUGGGUUCGACGUGGCAGGCGGCAUGCGCUGUGGCCCCCGGUGCGCAGCGAAGUGGCGCGGCUCCCUGGCCCUCGCGGUCUGGCGCUCAGGAACCGAAGAGGUGAGGGAGGCCAGUGUCACUUGCUUCAGUGAAAUUUACAUCUGGAUCCUCCUUACGAUUUCCCAGCUGAGAUUGUGGUUUCCUGGUGAUUCAGGUGGGAGUGGGCCAGAAGAUCAACGCUGGCAAGGACUGGGUGAGUGUGGCAGGGGUCAAGCUGAAAACUAGGACCUGGGAGGAUGGAGAAGGAAUUGGGGAGAGGAGAGGGAGGAAAAAGAAGGGAGCUAACAUUUGCUGAGCACUCACCCUCAAUUGCCAGGCACCAUGACAGGUGGGCACAAGGAAUGCAGAGAUACAUAAGGGAAAUUCUGUGCCCCCAAAAAAUCGCCAGGGAUAUUGAUCACGCAGUGAGUCCAAAGUCUUUCAGAUCCAGGGUUAACACCAAGUUUGUCUGAUGCAGUGUUUGUCAACUGUAAGGAUUCAUGGAACAGAUCUGCCAGGGAUUCUCAGACCUUAGUUUGAGAAAUGCUGCAAUUAAAGGCAAAUCCUAUCACUUUGAGUGAUCGCUUUGGUGUCAAGGCAAUCAACCAUAAAGAUAAAUGCAAAUAUGGAAAUUGCAUAACAGUGCCCAGUAUUAAGGUUGGUUUUUGGAGUAGUCCCUGCUGAUGUGACAAAAAGAUCUCUCAUGUGAUAUUCUGAGGUACCUUUGAGGAAGUCUCUCUUUGAGGACCUCCCUUUGAGCUGAUGGAGAACUGGGUGCCCCACACCCUCUCUGUCCCCAGCUGAGAUUAUGGUGGAUUUGGGCUACGGCCCAGGCCUGGGCCUCCUGCUGCUGACCCAGCCCCGGAGGUGUUAGCAAAAGCCGUGUGCUGUCCACCCUCCCUGAGACCACCCCUCCGACCAGGGGCCUGGAGCUGGCGUGUGACUAUGCGGCUUGGGCUGUGCGUGGUGGCCCUGGUUCUGAGCUGGACGCACCUCACCAUCGGCAGCCGGGGGAUCAAGGGGAAAAGGCAGAGGCGGAUCAGUGCCGAGGGGAGCCAGGCCUGUGCCAAAGGCUGUGAGCUCUGCUCUGAAGUCAACGGCUGCCUCAAGUGCUCGCCCAAGCUGUUCAUCCUGCUGGAGAGGAACGACAUCCGCCAGGUGGGCGUCUGCUUGCCGUCCUGCCCACCUGGAUACUUCGACGCCCGCAACCCCGACAUGAACAAGUGCAUCAAAUGCAAGAUCGAGCACUGUGAGGCCUGCUUCAGCCACAACUUCUGCACUAAGUGUAAGGAGGGAUUGUACCUGCACAAGGGCCGCUGCUAUCCAGCCUGUCCCGAGGGCUCCUCAGCUGCCAAUGGCACCAUGGAGUGCAGUAGUCCUGCGCAAUGUGAAAUGAGCGAAUGGUCCCCAUGGGGGCCCUGCUCCAAGAAGAAGAAGCUCUGUGGUUUCCGGAGGGGCUCCGAGGAGCGGACACGCAGGGUUCUCAAUGCCCCUGGAGGGGACCAUGCUGCCUGCUCUGACACCAAGGAGACCCGGAGGUGCACAGUGAGGAGGGUGCCGUGUCCUGAGGGGCAGAAGAGGAGGAAGGGAGGCCAGGGCCGGCGGGAGAAUGCCAACAGGAACCUGGCCAGGAAGGAGAGCAAGGAGGCGGGCACUGGCUCUCGAAGACGCAAGGGGCAGCAGCAGCAGCAGCAAGGGACGGUGGGGCCGCUCACAUCUGUAGGGCCCGCCUAGGGACACUGUCCAGCCCCCAGGCCCAUGCAGAAAGAGUUCAGUGCUGCUCUGUGUGAUUAAAGCUUUCCUGAACUGGAACAUCGGGGGCAAAGCAUACACACACGCUCCAAUCCAUCCAUGCAUACAUAGACACAAGACACACACACUCAAACCCCUAUCCACAUAUACAACCACACAUACUUGCACACAUGUGUGUGCAUGUAUACACACACACACAGAUACCCCCCCCACACACACACACACACACACACCUGAGGCCACCAGAAGACACUUCCAUCCCUCGGGUCCCGCAGUACACUCUUGGCUUCCGGAGCUCGCCGUGGCCGUGUCAGAGACAACACUUUCCAGCAUCUGAGACCAAACUGCAGAGGGAAGCCUUCUGGAGAAGCUGCUGGGAUUGGACUAGCUAGUGUGGCAGAUGGGAGCCAAGCUUGAGGACUGCUGGUGACCUGGGGAGAAGCCUUCUUCCCAUCCCGUUCAGCACUCCCAGCUGUGUGACUUUAUCGUUGGAGAGUGUUGUUACUCUUCCAUGAUACGUAUCAGGGCUAACCUGACUCUGAAAACUGCCUUAAAGGUUUAUUUCAAAUUAAAACAAAAAAAAUCAACGACAGCAGUAGACACAGGCACCACAUUCCUUUGCAGGGUGUGAGGGUUUGGCAAGGUAUGCGUGGGAGCAAGAAGAGGCAGGGAAUUUCAAGAGACCCCAAAUAGCCUGCUCAGCAGAGGGUUGUGCAGAGAAGGAAGAAAAUGUAGCGGCUGCUCUGAGGGUGGUAAACAGGCAGUCUAUAUCCUUGUUACUCAGAGCAUGGACCGGCAGCAGUGUCGUCACAGGGCAGCUUGUUAGGAAUGAGAAUCUCAGGUCUCAUUCCAGACCUGGUGAGCCAGAGUCUGAAUUUCAGCAAGAUUCCUGAUGAUUGGCGUGUUAUAUAAAUGUGAGAAGUGCUGCUCUAAUUCUCCUUAAAGGAUGGGAGAAAGGGCCCCGGCCAUGUUGUAGCAGGAGGGAUUCUGGUCAUCUAUAAAGGAGGACUUUCCAUCUGGGAGAGGCAGAAUCUAUAUACGGAAGGGCUAGUGGCACUGCCGGGGGAAGGGAGUGCAUAGGCUUCCAAUGAUGGUUGGGGACAGUCCUGCCCAAAGGCAGGGCAGUGGAUGGAAUAACUCCUUGUGGCAUUCUGAAGUGUGUGCCAGGCUCUGGACCAGGUGCUAGGUUUCCAGGGAGGAGCCAAACACAGGCCUUGCUCUUGUGGAGCUUAGAGGUUGGUGGGGAAGAAGAUAGGCAUGCAUCGAGGAAUCGUACAAACACAUAUGUAACUACAAAAGGAUGGUGCCAAGGGCAGGCGACCAAUGGCAUCUGUGCAUAGCUAUGAAAGUUAAUAAAACAGAAUAAAAAUAAAAUACUUUCUCUCAGG